CCGCAAGCCACCACUAUUCCCGUCAUCCCUACAGUCGUUCAGCUCGUUACGUCCGAAAUUAACGCAAACGGCAACGGGAAAGAGACAUCAGAUGAAGUCGGGGACCCACGCACAGUGUCCCAGUCGCAGGUCCGGCGCCCACAACUCCCGCAUGCUUCGUGCAGACGUGCUUGUAUGGCUCUCCAGCUGUCUAAACGUCACCGUUUGCUUCGCACCGCCCCGUAUCUUGGGCGGAGAGGAAACAUCUAUCGAGGAAUUCCCUUAUAUCGCAGGUCUCGAGAGGUGGGGUGUGUUUGAAUGUGCAGCGACCAUCGUCAGAGAGUCUUGGGCCAUGACUGCUAAACACUGUAUCGAGCGGACUGAAACCGACGGCGAAGUAACACUGCGAGUUGGAACAUCUGACCGCGAAAGCGGGGGAUAUGUGAUUGGCGUCGAUAAAAUAGUUUCACAUCGCAUCGCUGAUAUCGCUGUUUUACACGUGCAGCUGGAGUUCCCUAUGGGACAAAAAGUGCAGCAAGAGGGACCUUGGGAGCUUUCUUUAGCUGGCUAUCAACAGGGAAGUUAUCUUGGAAGGACCAGAGUGUAAAACCUAUUUGGCGCUGAAGUAGCCCCCAGCAAUUAAACAAUGGGGAAGCCACAGCGUCCCAUCUGUGCACAUUAGGUGUGGAUCCGACGUUUAGUCUUGUAAAUCCAGCUUAAAUGUGGCAAAA